AUACCUGAGGACACAACGCAGUUUUUAUUUUCUUCUUAACUUUAAAUACACUCCCACCAUGUCACUUCAAAUGUUAUUUUGCGCAGUUUUUAUGUUUGCCCGCAUUAAAAGCGUCAGUUCGAGUCCAACUGUAAUUGUGCCCACCGCCUCUCCAGAACAUGAGACAGGAUCCGGGAUGCUCCAGACAGAAUACAUUGACCUUGUACAUCAGCUCUGGCAGAUGGCCAACAGCACUAACGCCACUGUUAGUUUGGAUGAUCAGAGGUCUCCGGUGUUGCAUGUAGGGCAGUACUCCACCAUCUCAUUGCCCCUACGCCAAGUAUUUGGCUACAGAUUUGAUGACGAGUUUAGCUUGCUGCUGCAGCUGCGCACCUCUCAACAUGACGACCGUAGCCUCCUCACCUUCCUUUGCCCAGACGGUCACAUUCUUCUGCAGAUCCGCAUAAGUGCCCACUCCUUUACCUUCAUCUCCACUGAACAGCGCCAUUAUGAGUUUCCUGUGACUGUGUUGACUGACGGGAAGUGGCAUCGCAUGGCGCUUAGUGUGUCUACAGGCCGAUUGGCAUUGUAUGUGGACUGCGCCAUGGUGGAAAGUGUUGAUUGGUUCUAUGAGGAUGGCUUAGGAAUUAAAACAGAUGGACUUAUAGUGGUGGGAGGAAUCGUUGAGGGCUUUGAAACGCCAUUUGAGGGUGAUCUUAAGCAAGUGGUGUUUUUGAUGGGAGAAGCAGAUGCAGCCAGAGAUCAAUGUGAUGAAGCUGCUCACAAACCCUCACGCUUUCUGCGUACCCAUAAUCGAGAGGAGCUUCUACUGUCUUUAAAUGACUUGGAGGAUUUACUAGAGGAUUCAGAUCCAGGGAACAGAGACUUCAAUCUCCCUGCAUUAAGUGGUGUGAGAAGACGUGGGAUUUCUCGUGGUGAUGGCACAAUUCCCACAGGCUCUAAACGACCCAGCUCUAUCGGCCGCGGGGACGUCUUUGACAUCGACGAGGACACCGACCUGGCCGACCCCGACAUCCUUUCCAAAAACGGUGGCUUACCUCAUAAAACCCUUCCAUCUAGCCCCAGCAAGGAGGGGAAGCCAGACUCUACGUCCAAACUUCUGGAUGAGAACAUCACCACUGACAAGAUCAAAGCUGACAAACCAUUGCCGAAGAAGCCUGUGGAAAACACCGGAAUGGAUCAGGACACCGAGUCUAACCGGAUAAAGGAGUGGGAGGAGAAACGGACACCGACGCAGGCCCCGUUUCACUCGAGUACUACAGCUCCCAGCAUUCCUAAAGUCUCUGUAGAAAAUGGGAUUGUCAUUGAUAGGGAAGGAAACUUGGUGAGAGGCUCGGAUGGCAAGUUGUACCGUUUUCACAGAGGUCCUCCAGGACCGAGAGGACCCACUGGGAAGCCAGGGUGUCCUGGAAAUGUGGGCUAUCCAGGAAUCAAGGGUGACAAGGGUAGUCCAGGCCCAGAGGGCAAUCCUGGCCGGCAUGGAGACCCAGGACGUCCAGGGCUACCAGGACCACCCACCUUAUAUCUAUGGAGAAACACAGACGAAGAGUGGGCUUCAUUUAGACAAACAUCAGUCUUUCAGCUGCUGUACGCAGGUUGGCCUAGAGAGCAGGGUCCACCAGGCCCACAGGGAGAGAUGGGAAAGCCAGGCCCACAGGGACCACCAGGUGAUUCGGGAGAAACAGGAAAGCCAGGACACAUGGGGGACGUAGGUGAUCCUGGCCUACUGGGUCCACCUGGCCAACCGGGAAUUCCUGGUAAAGAUGGAGUAAGUGGUGUGAAAGGACAGCAGGGCCCUCCAGGAGUCCCUGGACCAAAGGGUCCUCUUGGUUAUAAAGGAGAAACGGGCUCACCUGGAGAAAAAGGAGACGAGGGACUUACUGGGGAUGAGGGUCCCAGUGGUGAUAUGGGGAAACCUGGAGAGAAAGGCUAUAAAGGACAGCCUGGGCAACCUGGCCCUAUUGGCCCUCUGGGGCCACACGGUAAUAGAGGAAUCACAGGCCCUGAGGGAGCUCCAGGGCCAGAUGGGGAUGAUGGGUUGGAUGGACUACAGGGUCCACCAGGACCUCCAGGUCCUCCUGGUGCCACUGGUUUCGUUGGUGCUCAGGGUGUAAACGGCUCACAGGCGAACUUCUCAAGUUUUGCAAAACAUCAUCUAAACUUUCUGACUGUCUUGUUCUCUGGUUCACAGGGAGAGCCCGGGCCUGCAGGAGGUAUCGGGCCCCCGGGGCUCCAGGGUGCUCAGGGAUUGGAGGGGCAAAUUGGACCUCCAGGGCCCCGGGGCCCCCAGGGUCUAACAGGCAAAGAAGGUAUACCCGGCCCAAAGGGAGAUCCUGGUCCCAUUGGGCCAACAGGUCGCCGAGGGGAGCCGGGGUUUGAGGGCCCUAUGGGUGCUUUGGGAGCAAUGGGUCUAAGAGGAUUUAUGGGUGUCAGUGGUAAGAGAGGGCCUGAGGGAGACAAGGGGAACGCAGGACCAAAAGGUGACAGAGGGCUUAAAGGAGAUCAAGGAAUACGAGGUCAUCGGGGCAGGCCUGGGUCCACUGGCCACCCUGGGUUCUCAGGUGUCAAAGGUCACCCUGGACCAAGUGGGCUCCAGGGAGAGGAUGGAGAGGCUGGUCCACAAGGCCAAACAGGAAAAGAGGGAUCAAAGGGAAACAGGGGGCCAGAUGGUCGUCAGGGAAAGCUUGGACCUAGAGGACCAAUGGGUCGCACAGGACAAAGAGGUCAUCCUGGAAUGCCCGGACCUCCGGGGUUUCCAGGUCCUCCAGGAGCAGUGGGACCUGAAGGAAAGCCUGGUACACAGGGAUUGCAAGGUGCAGUGGGUAAUCCAGGGGAAAAAGGACUAAUGGGAAUGCCUGGCAUUGCUGGUGAACAUGGCCUGGAUGGACCACCAGGACCUUCUGGUCUCCCUGGUCAAGAAGGACCCAGGGGCAGUCCAGGUCCACUAGGAGAAAGGGGUUUCUAUGGAAAACCAGGUGCAGUGGGACCACAGGGCACUGUUGGCAUGCAUGGUUUAACAGGAACCAUGGGUAUGCGAGGAAGACAAGGCUACUCAGGAGAAAGGGGAGAAGCUGGCAUAAAAGGACCACCAGGACCCAAAGGGAAGCUUGGACCACCAGGUCAAAGAGGUCCAGCUGGAGAGAGGGGCCCUCCAGGACCCCAGGGCAGACAGGGAGAACCUGGACCUCAGGGAAUAAAUGGAGCACCUGGUCCUUCAGGAGUAAGUGGACCUGAUGGAGGGAUUGGAAUACCUGGACCUGAGGGCAGUAAAGGAGCUUCAGGAAAUCCGGGCCCGAAUGGACCGCCAGGUAUCCCAGGCCCUCAGGGUGAAAAUGGCUUGUCUGGAACAGCAGGGGAAAAAGGACAGAAGGGAAUGCUCGGUCCUCCUGGUGACGUUGGGCCUUUUGGACUUGAAGGCGAACAGGGUCCACCUGGUCUAGGAGGACUGGAGGGGCCAACAGGAAGAAAAGGGGACCAGGGAGAGAGAGGUCCCUGUGGCAGCACUGGCCCUCAGGGGCAGAAAGGAGACGUUGGUCCACAGGGUACAAAGGGCUUUCAGGGUCCACCUGGGCCAGUGGGUAAAGAAGGAGACGUCGGAAAAGCUGGAGAUGCUGGUGACCCUGGGCCUAAAGGGGAAAAGGGUGAUUUAGGUCCCCCAGGUAUGACUGGUUUAGACGGGCCCUGGGGAGUUGUGGGGGACAGAGGAGAAAGAAGAGCCAAAGGAGACAAGGGCAAUGUUGGUCUUCUGGGUGAGCCAGGUCUCAUGGGUAGAGGUGGACCGUUUGGGUUAAAAGGACUGCCUGGUGAUGCAGGGCCACCAGGGCCACUAGGUGCAAACGGACCACCAGGGGACAAGGGGGAGAUGGGGCGUUUUGGCUUACCUGGCAUGCCUGGAGAAACUGGGCCACAGGGACCUGUAGGUGUGGCAGGAGUGAAAGGAGAUGAAGGAAAUCCAGGACCACAGGGCAUUGCAGGGCCUGUUGGUCCCAAUGGCAUUGCUGGGCCUAACGGUUUUUUAGGGCCUGAGGGAGAGAAAGGAGAUCCAGGGAACCAUGGAGAGCAAGGUGAACAGGGACCAGAGGGACCGUCAGGUAUUCAAGGACCCCCUGGACUGCCUGGUCUAGAGGGAUUCCCAGGCGAGUCAGGAGCUCAAGGUCCACCCGGCCCACCAGGAGACCUAGGAAAAAUAGGUCGACCAGGACCGGAGGGAAGGCAGGGCAUAAAAGGAGAGAAGGGAGAUGAUGGCAUCACUGGACCUCCAGGAAACAUUGGUGUUAUUGGUAGGAGGGGAAAAAGAGGCAAAGCUGGUUUGAGAGGCACAAGAGGACCAAGAGGAGAUAAGGGAGAGAAAGGGGAGAUGGGUGAGAGAGGACUUCCAGGAUGGGAGGGACAAAUGGGCAUUCAAGGAGAACAAGGAGAGAAGGGUGAUCAUGGCACACAAGGAGAGGAGGGAGAGAAAGGGGAUCAAGGGUCACCUGGUCCACCAGGAAAAGAUGGCCUAAAGGGCACCCAGGGUCCUCUUGGUACACCUGGACCCCCAGGCCCAAAGGGUGAUCAGGGCAGUAUUGGUCCUACUGGCGUGAGAGGGACACCAGGCAUGCCAGGACAUCCUGGUCUGUUUGGAGAACAGGGUCCAAAGGGUUUUCAGGGAGCUCUUGGUCCAGCUGGAAUAAAGGGCCUUCCAGGGCCAUCUGGACCCCCAGGUCCUCCAGGCCUCUCUGUGAACCUUACUCUGACCCAAAUUAAAGAUCUGAUGUACAUUUCGGACAAGCCAAACUACUCUCUCAUCCAGACACUUCUGAACUCUCUGUACUAUGACCUAAGGCUGUUGUUGGAUCCACCUGACGGGAGUAAGGAGCACCCGGCCUCCACCUGCCUGGAACUGUGGCUGUGCCAGCCCAACUGCACCAGCGGUUUCUAUUACAUCGAUCCAAAUCAGGGCAGCCCCGCAGACGCUCUUUUGGCUUAUUGUAACUUCUCUGAGUCAAAGGCAGAAACCUGUAUUCACCCCAGAGCUACACAGCUACCCAUGAGCGCAUGGCUCAAUGAGAGUGUAUCCGAUAGUACUUUCUACUGGUUGAGCUCACUUCAGAGUGGUUUUCAGUUUGAAUACCCAGGACUCACAGUGGUCCAGGUGCGCUUCCUAAGACUUCAGAGCGACCUGGCAGAGCAGAGAAUGACCUACUCUUGCGACCCUGGACACAGACUGGGGCAGACACAUCGACAAGCAAAGUUUCUGACUGCCUCCAUGAGACAGAGCUAUUUGGCGUCGCUGCCGGACUGCGUGCCUGCCAGGGAGGUGGAUCCUGGGCCACGGGAGUCUGUUCUUCAGUUCGCAGACAGAGACCUGCUUCCAUUGCAGGAUGUGGCGAUAUUUGCCAACAGCAGUCUAUCACAGGUGUUUGGCUUCACCGUGGGACCCGUGUGCUUCAGCUAGAGUGACAAUGAGAGGAACUAAUGUUUUAACUGGUAUGCUUCAAACCUCACAUCAACACCAAACCACAGGAUGACUGGACAAUAUGGGGACAGAAUGAAGACCUGUGGGUUUGUGCCCUUUGCAGGCUACACAUGAGGCCUUAAAUGGGCUUUUUAUCUGGUGCUCCUUAAAUAAAUUAGAGUUUUGUUUACAAAUAUGUUUGCAUUAGGUUUUGUAAAUCACAUACUAGUUUAUUUAAUGGACUAUGGUGUUGUUUCUUUAUUUCCUGUAGCUUGACUUGUAAUAAGAGGUUUUUUGUGCUGUGGUUGCAUUCUUAGCCAAAUGCAAGACCACUAUGUGGUUGCACUGCCUAACUGUCUUUCAUCUGGAAGUGUAUCCAAUAAUUAAUAGUAUAAACUUUCAACACAACCAGGUAUUAGCUUUUAGCUAUGUUUAUUAUGUGUUUUAUAUUUUUUUUGUUAAGUGCACAGAAUAGCUGUGGGUGUGCCCCAGCAGGUGGGGGGGUGAUGGGUUGCCCUGUCUAUUAAGGCUAUUUUAAACACAGUCUGGUCAUAUUCAGAUGUGUAGAAACAUCUAUUACAACAUUCAUCAGUUCAAGUUUUUAAUCUCAAACAGUCAUGGACAACUUUGGAUCUCCAAUUCACCUCACUUGCACGUCUUUGGACUUUGGGAGGAAACCGGAGCUCCCAGAGGAAACCCACGCAAACUCCACAAAGAAAGGACCCGGACCGCUCCACCUGGGAAUCAAACCCAGGACCUUCUUGCUGUGAGGUGACAGUGCUACCCACCGACAUAGUGUGAAUUAUGCUAAGGGUUUGAAUCCAGAACAGAACUAUCAGCCAUACAGACACAGUUGGCUUUGUCUAAGGGGGGCCUCAAUGCAUUAGGUCCAGGGUAUAAUACUGCAUUGUGCCCAGUAAUUCUAGAGAAACCGGACCGACUGCAACCCUGACCUCUAUUUUGGAAAUUGCAGAUUUGUUCAUGUCUCAAUAGUUAAUUCUGCAUUUGGUGUCGUUGAAACACGAGACUGGAAUGCACCUGCUGCUAGGUUUUUAUUUAACAAAACAGUAACAUGAGCAACAGAAAUGUAGGGACUUUAAGGACCUCAGGAAAAAAGGGAAAUGUUUAUUAACUGUGUAUUCUACUUAUUUCUAGAAUACUGUUGAAUGGAAUCCCAAAUCUGUUGUGCUUGUUGUAACAGCGAUGCUAUACAGGCCUCAGGGAGCACGAAGACGUGAGUCUGAAAAUAACAGUGCAGCUCCAUUACAACAUAAUCUAUUUAUCUUUGCAUUAAAAGUUUACCAAAAACUAAAAACAGGUCCCCUUGUAUCAGCGUAUGAUUUUAUAGUUGUAACUAAAAAUGUUCUUGUCUAGUUUCUUUGUGAUGAAUGCUGUACUGAUUUACCGUACUGUAAUACCGCUGGUGACGUUGGAAAUUAUAUGCUGGUCAUCUGUUGUUAUAAAUAUUUAGGGAAAAAACGUAUUAAAUGUAAUUCUCUGUGUUAUUGUGUUAAUAUGUUUUGUAUGAAUAAA